CAUGCGCAGUGGCAGUCUCGUGCAUUGUGGGAGCGGAUUGAGAAACAUGGCGGCGCGCAUCAUUGCCCGGUGUGUCCGACCACUGAACCACCGUUCUGUAUAUUUUAAUCGUAUCAAUACUACCGCGACAUUAACAGCAGCUCCGCUCACCCAUGACCGAACAUUUUCAUAUCUGACUAAUGGACAUAAAUCUCCGCUGGCGCAGAUCUCCAGCAGCUCAUUUCAGGUCUUGCAAUGGAGGCAGUAUGGUGACUUGCCCCCAUUAACCCUAGAGACUAUCCAUGACCGUGUCCUCUAUGUCCUGAAGCUCUAUGACAAGAUCAACCCUGAGAAGCUUCAGGCUACAUCUCACUUCAUGAAGGAUUUGGGAUUGGACAGUUUAGACCAGGUGGAGAUCAUCAUGGCCAUGGAAGAUGAAUUUGGUUUUGAAAUCCCUGAUGCUGAAGCAGAGAAGUUGAUGACACCACAAGAGAUUGUUCAGUACAUCGCAAACAAGAAGGAUGUUUAUGAAUGAGCAUAAAUAAUCAUUGUGAGUUUAAUUACUAUUCAGAUCUUUUGACAAUUUGUGUCACUUCAGGUGAACCUUAUGAAUGCUUGUUUGUUCUUUUUCGUCCAGAUAAAGAUAAUCCCGUCAAAUGACAAAGACCAUGGAGCUUUUGUCACAAAUUGUUUAUGUUUCUGCUGUUCUUCUUUAUUCUUUUUGUAUUUAGAUGCAUGUUUAAAUCAUUGUUCAUAAUUUUGUUGGUCUGCAGCAUUCUCUGCUAGAUACAUUCACAAGCUCCUCUUUCAAACAAUGAGAGUGUGCAAAUAAUGUGAAUAAGUCAUAUGAAUUCUAGAAAAUAAAGACUUUAAAUCAGUUUAAAGGACCUUAUUUAUGUCUUCAGAUCUAUGUUAUGAAUCUGUGCCAAUGUGAUCAGUCUGUUCAUCAAUAGAUCCAAGGGUUUGUUUUUUGACAGUUUCUUUGUUUUCUGUUAUGUGGUUAUAGAAAAGAAUCCCACCCCCUUUAAAAUAAUCACAUUUUGUUGCUUUGCAGCCUGAAAUGAAGACGGA